CAUAAAUAUGGCCAACAAGCAGAGGAAGUCGAGUGGCGGCAUCGAGUGGGCCACGGCCACCGGCACAGUGCAGCUCCUGGAAAGGAGCCACUGCAGCAGCAGCAGCAGAGAUAGCGAGUACCCCGCCCCGCCCCUCCCAGCCACCCAACACCACCACCAGCAGCACCACUGCAGAGUCCAGCGGGAGCAGGAUCAGCCGCUGCCAAUGGGCCGCCACCUGCGCCACCUGCUCAUCGCCGGACUGCUGCUCGUGUGCCUCGUGGGCGGGACGGAGGGCCGGCGGCAUGCGCCGCUCAUGUUCGAGGAGUCCGACACGGGCAGGCGCUCCAACCGACCAGCGGUCACCGAAUGUCAGUUUGGCAAAGUUCUGCGCGAAUUAGGCUCGACCUGGUAUGCGGAUUUGGGUCCACCCUUCGGCGUUAUGUACUGCAUCAAGUGUGAAUGCGUGGCGAUACCCAAGAAGCGCCGCAUCGUUGCACGCGUCCAGUGUCGCAAUAUUAAGAACGAGUGUCCGCCGGCCAAAUGCGAUGAUCCCAUCUCGCUGCCCGGAAAAUGCUGCAAGACCUGUCCCGGCGAUCGGAACGAUACGGAAGUGGCCUUGGAUGUGCCAGUGCCCAGCGAAGAGGAAGAGCGCAACAUGAAACAUUACGCUGCGCUGCUGACGGGCCGCACUUCCUACUUCCUCAAAGGCGAGGAGAUGAAGUCCAUGUACUCCACCUACAAUCCGCAGAACGUGGUGGCCACCGCCCGCUUUCUGUUCCACAAGAAGAACCUCUACUACUCGUUCUACACCUCGUCGCGCAUCGGUCGUCCGCGGGCCAUUCAGUUCGUGGACGAUGCCGGCGUCAUCCUGGAGGAGCACCAGCUGGAGACCACGCUGGCGGGCACCCUGAGUGUCUACCAGAAUGCCACCGGCAAGAUCUGCGGCGUGUGGCGUCGUGUGCCCAGGGACUACAAGCGCAUCCUGCGUGAUGACCGCCUCCAUGUGGUCCUCCUCUGGGGCAACAAGCAGCAGUCGGAGCUGGCUUUGGCCGGCAAAGUGGCCAAGUACACGGCACUGCAGACGGAGCUGUUCAGUUCGCUGCUGGAGGCGCCACAAACGCAACCCGACGGCAAGACGGAUCCCCAGUUGGCCGGAGCCGGUGGCACGGCCAUUGUGUCCACCAGCAGUGGAGCCGCCUCCUCCAUGCACCUCACCCUGGUCUUCAACGGCGUCUUCGGCGCCGAGGAGUUCGCCGACGCGGCACUGAGUGUGAGGAUCGAGCUGCCGGAACGCAAGGAGGUGAUCUUCGAUGAGGUGCCGCGGGUGCGCAAACCCUCCGCCGAGAUCAAUGUCCUGGAGCUGUCCUCGCCCAUCUCGAUCCAGAACCUGCGUCUGAUGUCCCGCGGCAAACUGCUGCUGACGGUGGAGUCCAAGAAGUAUCCCCAGCUCCGCAUCCAGGGUCAUAUUGUGACCCGGGCCAGCUGCGAGAUCUUCCAAACUCUGCUGGCGCCGCACAGUUCCGAGUCCGCCACCAAGAGCAGUGGUUUGGCCUGGGUCUACCUGAACACCGACGGCUCCCUGGCCUACAACAUCGAGACGGAGCACGUGAACACCCGCGACCGACCCAACAUCAGCCUGGUGGAGGAGCAGGGCAAGCGCAAGGCCAAGCUGGAGGACCUCACACCCAGUUUCAACUUCAACCAGGCCAUUGGCAGCGUGGACAAGCUGGGCCCCAAGGUCCUGGAGUCGCUCUACGCCGGCGAGCUGGGCGUGAACGUGGCCACCGAGCACGAGACGAGCCUGAUCCGAGGACGACUGGUCCCACGACCCGUGGCCGAUGCCCGCGACUCCGCCGAACCGAUCCUGCUGAAGCGACAGGAGCAGUCGGAGGCGCAGAAUCCACAUGCCGUGGGCAUGGCCUGGAUGUCGAUCGACAACGAGUGCAACCUGCACUACGAGGUGACCCUCAACGGAGUGCCCGCCCAGGAUCUGCAGCUGUAUCUCGAGGAGAAGCCCAUCGAGGCGAUUGGGGCACCGGUGACGAGGAAGCUGCUCGAAGAAUUCAACGGCUCCUACCUGGAGGGCUUCUUCCUCAGCAUGCCCUCCGCGGAACUGAUCAAGCUGGAGAUGAGCGUCUGCUACCUGGAGGUGCACUCGAAGCACUCCAAGCAGCUGCUCCUGCGCGGCAAACUGAAGAGCACCAAGGUGCCGGGCCACUGUUUCCCCGUCUACACGGACAACAAUGUGCCGGUGCCCGGUGACCACAACGACAACCACCUGGCCAACGGGGAGACCAAGUGCUUCCACUCCGGUCGCUUCUACAACGAGUCGGAGCAGUGGCGCAGUGCCCAGGAUGCCUGCCAGAUGUGCGCCUGCCUGCGUGGCCAGUCCAGUUGCGAGGUGAUCAAGUGUCCGGCGGUCAAGUGCCGCUCCGCCACGGAGCAGAUGCUGCAGCGCGAGGGCGAGUGCUGCCCCAGCUGCGUGUCCAAGAAGGAGGCCGCCGAGUGGUCGGCCAUGUCCUCCUCCUCCUCGCCGGCCACCAAUGCCACCGAUCUGCUGCAACAGCGACGCGGCUGCCGACUGGGCGAGCAGUUCCAUCCCGCCGGCGCCAGCUGGCAUCCGUUCCUGCCGCCCAACGGCUUCGACACCUGCACCACCUGCAGCUGCGACCCGCUCACUUUGGAGAUCCGCUGCCCCCGCCUGGUGUGCCCGCCGCUGCAGUGCAGCGAGAAGCUGGCCUACCGUCCCGACAAGAAGGCCUGCUGCAAGGUGUGUCCCGAGGGCAAGCAGAGCAGCUCCGGCAACCACAAGGCCACGCCCAACAACCCCAACGUGCUGCAGGACCAGGCCAUGCAGCGCUCCCCCAGCCACAGUGCCGAGGAGGUCCUGGCCAGCGGCGGCUGCAAGGUGGUGAACAAGGUCUACGAGAACGGCCAGGAGUGGCACCCCAUCCUCAUGUCCCACGGCGAGCAGAAGUGCAUCAAGUGCCGCUGCAAGGACUCCAAGGUGAACUGCGACCGCAAGCGCUGCUCCCGCUCCACGUGCCAGCAGCAGACCCGCGUGUCCAGCAAGCGGCGCCUGUUCGAGAAGCCGGACGCAGUGGCUCCGGCCAUCGACGAGUGCUGCUCCACCCAGUGCCGCCGGUCGAGGCGCCACCACAAGCGGCAGCCGCACCACCAGCAGCGCUCCUCCAGUUGAGCGAUCCCCUCCAGUUGAGGAUGGCAGGGCAGCAGGAUGGACCCGGAUCCAGAUCCAGAUCCAGAGGACCACUCCAGAUCCACGGGGGAAACCACUUACUCACUCAGUGCGAUGUGCACCACCCGAUCACACACCCACACAACCGCACACCCACCCACACUCACAUCACCCACACAAUCGAGCAUACACACACACUUGUGCAAGGACUUGCAUAGAUCGUUGUUGUUAUGUGGCAGCAAUGGAAACUUGUAUUAUAUAUAUGAAAACAAAGGGAGAAACGGAGAAUUCUCAUUAACGAAAAAUACAAAAAAAAAAAAAUGAAUGG